GUAAUUCUAUGAUUGAGCUGUGUGCAUUUUCACUCUGUGAUACUCCCUUUGUAGCCCAGGGGAGUGGACUUUAUUUUAUGCUGCAAACUGAGGGCAGCUCUCUGUUACUGCCUCUCAUCCUUAGCUGGUAUUGGGAUUAUUUGCUGCCACGUUUCUUUCCUGUUCAGGAGAUAUUUUAAAGACGGGAUGACACACAUCUUCUGAGGGCAGGGGAAAAUUUCUUCUCAACAUGUUUUCAGAAAACAUUUAUGUUAACACCAACUUCAAAAAUAAAUUUGACUCCUCAGACAUCGACACAGACUCUCUGCCAGCUCCCCAAAAGAAGAGCACAUCUCAGAAAAGUUGUCACAAAUUCUCCAAAGUCCUCUUUAGCUCACUCACGAUCUAUUUCCUGCUGUUGACAAUCUUAUUCUCCAGUGCUCUGAUCACUUUGUUUACAAAAUAUUCUCAGCUUCUUGAUGAAAAAACAGUUAUAAAAGAACUGGAGUAUACUGAAUUGGAGUGCACAAAAUGGGAUUCACUCUUGGAAGACAAAGUCUGGAGCUGUUGCCCAAAGGAUUGGAAGCCGUUUGGUUCCCACUGCUACUUCACUUCGACUGACUUGGUGGCAUCUUGGAACGAGAGUAAGGAGAACUGCUCCCACAUGGGUGCUCAUCUGGUGGUGAUCCACAGCCAGGAAGAGCAGGAUUUCAUCACCAGAAUCCUGAACACUCGUGCCACUUAUUUUAUAGGACUUUCAGAACCAGGUCAUCGACAAUGGCAGUGGGUUGACCAGACACCAUACAAUGAUAAUGCCACAUUCUGGCAUAGAGGUGAGCCCAGCAGUGACAAUGAACAAUGUGUUAUUGUAAAUCAUCAUUGGAAUUCUGGAUGGGGCUGGAGUGAUAUCCCUUGCAGUGAUAAACAGAACUCAGUUUGUCAGGUGAAGAAAAUAUACUUAUGAAUCACAUCCUCCAUGGCCUUGGGAUUGCAUUGUUAUUCAUUAUUACACAGAUACUUGGAAAGUUCUUCAUGUGGGACAAAGGUUCACAGAAUUUUAGAUAGGCAGCCAAUGGUUAUACAUAUGAUAAUACUGUUACAUAUGUAAACUUACUUGGUCAUUCGUCAUUCCCUUGGAAUACAACAAACUUCUAUGCCCAUUCACAGAUUCCCAAAGUCUUCUUUGUUAAUAGGAUUGGAUGGUUCAGUCCUUCUUCCCAUCCCUCCUUUCUCUCUGUCUUUGUCUUUAUUGAUGUAUAAUUGAC